AUGUCGCGUUCCUCCCAUCAGAACGAUUUCUUCCAAACCACUAAAAUCCUAGCUGUCCAGGCGGAUCCAACCACCCCUGGAGCGGUCUUCGUGGCGCAGAGUGCGGGAACCGUGCGGAAGGUCAUACUCGAAACAGGAGAAACGGCCGCCGUGUACAAAGGGCCGACAGCCCCCGUCACCAGCAUCUGCUUCAGUCCCGACGGCCGCACCUUGUUCGCAGGGUGCUGGGACAAGCUCGUCUGGAGCUGGGAUAUUGCGUCGCGUGAAGCUAAGCUCAAGUAUGAGGGCCACACCGAUUUUGUAAGAUCAGUCGUCGCGACAAGGCUCCAGGGGAAAGACGUCCUGGUCUCCGGAGGCGCCGAUGCACAGAUCCUGGUCUUUGAUAUCGCCAGUGGUCGACGGCUCUCUGUCAUGAAAGGUCACGUCAAAGGCAUCCAGGAUCUUGUCAUUGAUCCGGUGUCUUUGGAUACAGACAGCCAGGAACUGGUUGUAGUCAGCGCAGGCAGCGACCGAGAAAUCCGUCGCUUCGAUAUCUCCAGCGGCAGUAAAGACCUGACCGGAACGGAUGCAAUCCUCGCUCACGAUACCAACGUAUAUAAGCUGUUCUUCGACCAAGAUGGUGAUCUGUGGACCGCAUCCGCCGACCGGACUACCAAGUGUCUGGUGAGAGAGGAGGGCUGGAAACCAAACAUGACCUUGACUCAUCCGGAUUACGUCCGGGAUGUUGUUGUCUACGAGCAGGGUGGCUGGGUGAUUACUGCCUGCAGAGAUGAGGAGGUUCGUGUUUGGAAUCGAUCGACGGGAGCACUCUACCACACAUUCUCCGGUCACUAUGAAGAAGUCACGGGGCUCGUUCUCCAGGGAGCCGCAGUGGUCAGCGUUAGUAUUGAUGGAACCAUCCGACGGUGGUCCCUCCAUCCCGAAGACCUACGCGUUGCUAUUGAACGGGCCAAGAAGACUGCCACAGACACUGAGGAGGAACAGACGAAUGCUGGACCCAUGUUAACGGAGGAGGAGGAGCGAGAACUGGCGGAAUUAUUGGAAGAGGAUUGA